GUUUACUAGUACUCUUUAUCCAAUCCUUCCUAGUUCUUCCCAGUUGCUAUUCAUGUUUAUCAUGCCUAUCACCAACCUUCGUGAAAGAAUAUAAAUCGCCUACCAGUACUCUUCAUUCAAAUUUGUCCUAGGAAAUCUUUUCUAGUUACUAUUUAUCUUUAUCAUAUCUGCUUACAAUUCUCCAUGUAGUGUGUUCUUCAGCCUUCCUAUUCUGUGUUUCCCUUCAGAAUUCUAAGUUAGAGAUUGCUUCGUGAUAUAGAAUAUCAUAAUCUCAGGGUGUAGAUAAAUAAGAAAUAUCAAAUGAUGGUUAAAAGUUGUUCUAACACUCAAAUUAGUUUUAUAAUAUCACACUAUUAUUUAAUUAUACCAAUUGUAGUCAUUUAUCUACUAUCAUCUAUUUCUAUAUAAGUUGAUUUUAGAAAUGUAUCAAAGUUCUGGAACACAAUUUCACUUGAAAGACAAAAAACAUAUAAACAGUAAUAACCGUCAAAUUGUACAACUACUUUAUGAUUGAGAUGAUGGAUUGAUUGAUGUUAGGAUCUCACACGAAAGACUGAAAGCCCUGAAUUCAAAUCUCACUAGGCGGAAUUUUGGAUGCACACUGUUGAAGAGUCCCACAAUAAGACGAAAUAACUAUCUACUACAUCCAAGUUUUCAAUAAUGGUCUAACAUCAAUCAAUUUAUGAUCUCAAUCAAAAAAUAUUAAAUAAUCUCCCCAACCCUAAAGUUAAUUUUAGGAACAUAUAAAAGUUCUGGAACAUAAUUUCACUUGCAAGACGAGAAACAUACAAACAGUGAUAAUUGUUAAAUUGUACGGCUAGUUUAUAAAUGAGAUCAUGAAUCGAUUAAUGUUAGACUACGGGAUCUCAAAUGCGACACUAAACACCAUGGAUUUGAGUCCCACGAGUGGGAUCAUGAAUGCGCACUGUUGAAGAGUCCCACAAUAAGACGAAAUAACUAUCCACUACAUCCAAGUUUUCAAUAAUGGUCUAACAUCAAUCAAUUUAUGAUCUCAAUCAAAAAAUAUUAAAUAAUCUCCCCAACCCUAAAGUUAAUUUUAGGAACAUAUAAAAGUUCUGGAACAUAAUUUCACUUGCAAGACGAGAAACAUACAAACAGUGAUAAUUGUUAAAUUGUACGGCUAGUUUAUAAAUGAGAUCAUGAAUCGAUUAAUGUUAGACUACGGGAUCUCAAAUGCGACACUAAACACCAUGGGUUUGAGUCCCACGAGUGGGAUCAUGAAUGCGCACUGUUGAAGAGUCCCACAAUAAGACGAAAUAACUAUCCACUACAUCCAAGUUUUCAAUAAUGGUCUAACAUCAAUCAAUUCAUGAUCUCAAUCAAAAGUAUUUAAUAAUCUCCUUAACCUUAUACUGAUAUACAACUAGUAUCUAUCCAAUCAUUUUCUUUUUUUUUCUCUUUUUUCUUUUUCUCUCUUUUAUUGUUGUUGUUGUUGCUGCUGUUCUUGUUGCUUAGUGCUUAAUUAUUUGUAUCAAUCACUUUUAUCAAUCAAUUUUAUGGAUUUAAAUGAUCAAAUAAAUUCAGAUAUUUUAAACAAAUUUUUUAAUGAUUUACAAAUGAUUCAAUCAUCAUUUCAUUGUUUCAAUGAUAAAUCAUGUAUUCAAUUAUUAUUAUUAUAUUAUAUUCAUAUUAUUCAAUUGUAUCAAGAUCAUAUAAAUAAUAAUAAUAAUAAUAAUAAUAAUAGUAAUAAUGAUCAUUAUGAUUUAGAACAAGCUGAAGAUUUACGUGUUAUCGUAAACAAAGAUUAUAAUAUAUCAUCAAUUGAUUCAUUAGGAUUAUCAUUAUCUUUGCCAUCUUCAUUAUCAUCAUCAUCAUCGUCGACGUCGUCGUCGUCGUCGUUGUCAUCAUCAUCUUCACCAUUGUCAUCAUUGACAAUGACAUCAUCUUCAAAACUGGAUAAUGAUGGUGAUCAUGAUGAUGAUGAUGACGAUAAUGAUAAUGAUAAUGAUGUUAAUGAUAAAUCUCAAUUCACAUAUCAAACAAGAAAUCAUUCAAUUCAUUUCACAUCAAUACCAUCAUUCAUAUCAUCUGAGAAUUAUACAAUGAAUUAUGCUAUUCAACAACAACAACAACAAGAACAACAACAACAACAACAACAGCAACAGGAACAAUUGAAAACUACUCCAUUCACUUCAAUUCCUAUUCCUAUAAUGAAUGAAUUAUCAUCAUAUAUGACGAAUUCACAUAAUACAUUAAUAAACCAUAAUAAUAAUAAUAAUAAUAAUAAUAUACAUCUAUUAUGUAAUCAUCAAAAUAUACAAAAAUUUAAUGAAUCAAGGAAUUAUCAAGAUGUUCAAUAUUCAAUCAAUAAUCAAUUUAAUAAAAAUGAUUUAAAUGAUCAUCGAAUACAAAAAUUGAAUUCAUCAAAUAUUCAACAACCAUUGAAAAAUUCUACAAAAAAAACUUUAAUCAAUAUAAUGAGAAAUAAAAUUGGAUCAAAUAAAUAUAUUAGAUCAUCUAAACGAUCUACAGAUUAUAAAUCCCCAUUGGUACCAGAUCAAUAUCAAACAAAUCUGAGUCAAGAUAAUAAUAAUAAUAACAACUCAGAUAUGCUUAUGUCUUCAAAUUCUCCUCCUUCAAGUUCUUCACUAUUGUCGUCAUGUUUCUCCUUUUCACCAUCUUUAUCAUCAUCAUCAUCAUCAUCAUCAUCAUCAUCAUCAUCAUCAUCAUCAUCAUCAUCAUCAUCAUCAUCAUCAUCAUCAUCAUCAUCAUCAUCAUCAUCAUCAUCAUCUUCAGCUUCAUCAUCAGUUUUAUCAUCAGCUUCCUCUUCAUCAUUGUCUGCAACUUCAUCUCCUAAAAACUAUUUUCCAAUACAUGAUAAACUAUUCAAUUUAAAAUCUCGCUCUUUUUCAUUGAAACGAUCUCCAUUUAAAUUAUCACAAUUUUUAUAUUAUCUACUUAAUAAAUCUGAAUAUAAUCCACAUUUAAUUUGUUGGGUAGAUAAAUCACAAAAUAUGUUUAAAUUAGUUAAUAGUGCUGCAGUUGCACAUUUAUGGGGUUUACACAAGCAUAAACCAAAUAUGAAUUAUGAAACAAUGGGUAGAGCUCUUAGGUAUUAUUAUGCGCAGAAUAUUUUACGAAAAGUCAAAGGACAACGUUUAGUUUAUCAAUUCUUAGAGGAUUUUCAUAAAACUCAACAUCCUAUUAUUACUACUACAAUAUCUUUUACAUCAUCAUUCAUGACAACCACAAUUACAACAACUACUACAUCAAUAACUAAAACUAUACCAACACCUAUAACAAUCACAAACAGAACCAUAGUAACAGAAUUUCCAGAGAACAAUUCAAAAUCCAAUAUAAUUACACUUCAUUAAUGUUUUAUAUUCCGGUUUUUAUAACUUUAUCAUAUCUAUUUCCAAAAAAGAAAAUUGUUAUUAAUCAAAACUUUAGGCAUUUUAUUACAUAACUAUCACCACUACUACUACUACUACUACUACCACUACGUAUCAUACUUUUACUACUACUACUACUAAUAUUAAUCAUACUACUACCACUACUACUACAACAAUAACAACAACAACUACUACUACUACCACUACGUAUCAUACUACUACUACUAAUACUACUACCAACCAUACUUCUACCACUACUACUAAUAAUAAUAAUCAUACUACUACUACUACCACUACUACUACAACAAUAACAACAACAACAACUACUCCUACUACUACUACCACCACGUAUCAUACUACUACUACUACUACUACUACUACUACUACUACUACUACUACCAACCAUACUUCUACCACUACUACUAAUAAUAAUAAUCAUACUACUAACUGAAAAUAUGAAUGAAAAUAUCAAAGGUAAAACUGACUAUCAUUUGUACCAAAUGGUUAAUUGGUCAUUAUUUUUUAUUUAUGCUAAUAUUUUUACCUAUUCAAUUCUUUUUGUUUUUUUAUUAUUAUUGUAAAUGUGCUUAUAAAUUACAUAACAAUUACAUUGAAAAAUAAACAAUAUUAAAUAUGUGAAUUUAUUUUUAAAGUAAACAUUUUUCGAUUAU